AUGAGCCCAAGCAUCUUCCAAAACUCUCACAACGCGGAAAUAAUUCUCUGGGCAUUUCUCCGCACUCAUAUGGAGUCGACGUCCUUAUUCCAAGUACGGGUUGCUGUCACUCAGGCAGAGCCCAUAUGGCUUGAUCUCGAUGCUACGGUUGAGAAGACCUGCAGACUCAUCGCGGAGGCUGCUGCCAAUGGUGCUCAAAUAGUGACAUUCCCCGAAUGCUGGGUGCCUGGCUAUCCUGCCUGGAUUUAG